AUGAAAGUGUACGAUAUAGUUAUAGUGGGGAAGAACAUUUCAGCAAUGACCGCAGCUAUUUAUGCAGGGAUGGCAAACAUCAAAACUCUGCAAAUUGCAUGCCCUGAAGAGACAGUGGAGGUGUCCGGUGUCAACAACUAUCUCGGGUACAAGACAGGGUCAUACGAAGGCUUCCACGCCAAGACAAAACAACAAUUGGAGAAGUUCAAUGUAGAAAAAAGCGAAGAAAACAUUAGAAAGAUCGUGAUUGAAAAAGGCGCAGCUAGGAUAUACGGAAACGAUGAAAUACUGGCAAGAACACUGAUAGUGUCAACGGAAGAGAUACUAAAAAAGAUAGAAAAAACGAGCAACACACAAGAUUUCGUCUUUAAGUGCGGGAAGAUACUGAACAACAGCACAGAGAUGAUUUCUCAGGCAGGGACAGGGUGCAUGGCAGCAAUGGAGGCCAGAGAGUUUAUUUCAAAAAUAGCCAAGAAAUAA